ACACUAACUUGAUCAACAACAAUGUGAACAUCUGAAACCAUCAAACUCUUUAAACAGAAUAUUGAGAUAUUCAGAUACCCUUGUGAACACAUCUGAUUCUCACAGCAGGUCAUAGUCCAGAUUGCUCACUGAUGGUCCAAUUUGGUCAAGUCUUUCUUUAAAAGUCUUCAAGAGGGAAAGAACGAUGGCAGAAUCUUCACUAACAGCAAGAAAAACCAGGAGACGGAGUAUCAACAGUUUACCUCCAACAAUGUCAUCCUUCAUUAGUUCACUCUCUGAGGAGAUUCAGUGCUCUAUAUGUCUGGACGUGUUCACUGAUCCAGUCACGACUCCAUGUGGACACAACUUCUGCAAGAUCUGUCUGAAUAAGUGCUGGGACAACAGCCAGACCUGCAGCUGUCCAUACUGUAAAGAAACAUUCAAGCAAAGGCCUGAUCUCAAGAUUAAUACCACACUCCGAGAGCUUGUAGAUCACUGUAAGAAGAAAAGUCCUGAGAAAACAACUGAAGUUCUGUGUGACUUCUGUGAGGAAAGAAAGCUGAAAGCCCUGAAGUCGUGUCUGGUGUGUCAGAGCUCUUACUGUGAAACUCACCUGGAGCCUCAUUUGAGAGUGACACGUUUGAAGAAACACAAACUGAUGGAUCCUGUGAGUAAUCUGGAGGACUAUAUAUGUCAGAAACACGAGAGACCUCUGGAUCUGUUCUGUAGAGAUGAUCAGACGUGUGUGUGUUCAGUCUGCAUUGUGACAGACCACAAGAACCACAACACUGUUGCUAUAGAAGAGGAGAGUCAAGAGAAGAAGACUGAACUGAUGAAGACACAGAAAGACGUGCAGCUGAUGAUCCAGAACAGAAACAAGAAGAUUGAAGAAAUCAAACACUCAGCAGAAGUCAGAAAAGGAUGUUAUACUGAACUGCUGGAGAUGAUGGAGAAGCAGCAGAAAGCAGCAGAGAAACAGGAGCAACAGCUGAUUGAAGAGCUUCAGCAGGAGAUCACUGAGCUAAAGAUGAGAAACACUGAGCUGGAGCAGCUCUCACACACUGAUGAUCACCUCCACCUCCUACAGAUUCACUCAUCCCUGUGCAGCCCUAGAAACACCAGGAACUGGCCUGAGAUCAGUAUGGAGACUCUGAGGAGAGCUCUGACUCAACUGAAGGACACUGUAGAUGAGAAACUCACACUAACUGAGCUGAAGUGGAUGCAGCAGUAUGCAGUGGAUGUGACUCUGGAUCCUGAUACAGCUCAAACUAAUCUCAUUCUGUCUGAUGAUGGAAAACAAGUAAGAAGUGGAGACAUUAGACAGAAACUCCCAGACAAACCAGAGAGAUUUGAUACAUGUCCCUGUGUCUUGGGAAAGAAGGGAUUCUCCUCAGGGAGAUUUUAUUUUGAGGUGCAGGUGAAGGGAAAGACUAAAUGGGAUUUAGGAGUGGCCAGAGAAUCCAUUAACAGGAAGGGAAAGAUCUCAGAAAGUCCCAGUAAAGGAUACUGGACUGUGUGGCUGAGGAAUGGAGAUAAAUAUGAAGCCUGUGAUGAUCGUCCUGUCUCUCUGUCUCUGAGAGUGAAGCCGCAGCGGGUCGGUGUGUUUGUGGAUUAUGAGGAGGGUCUGGUCUCCUUUUAUGAUGUGAAGUCCAGCUCUCAUAUCUACUCUUUCACUACUCAGACUUUCAAUGAAAAACUCUAUCCAUAUUUUAGCCCAUGCAAUAAUGAUGGAGGUAAAAACUCAAUCCCACUGAUCAUCACACCUGUCAGUUAUAAUAAAUGAAUUUACUCAGUUAUCAAAUGCGAGAUUAAAAUAAUGAAUUUUAUAAAUAAAAGUCUGGAAACAUUA